UUCUCAGAUUUUAAUAAGGCAUUCGACAGUCUGGAUCAUGCUUUCAUGAGGAAUAGUUUAGCUAAAUUUGGUUUCAACUCCGCAAUUAUAAAUUGGAUUAAUUUGUUUUACAAAGACGCUAAGUCAUGCAUAACAAACAAUGGUCACUUUUCUGAAUACUUUAACAUACAAAAAGGUGUUAGACAAGGCUGCCCGCUGUCUCCCUACAUAUUUAUAAUUUGUAUAGAAUUAUUGGCAAAUGAAAUAAAUACAAAUGAAAAUAUUUCCGGUAUAAGAGUGAAAAAUACAGAAAUUAAACAAACGCUCUUCGCAGAUGACGCAUGCUUCCUUCUGGAUGGAUCAAGAUUAUCAUUUGAGACCCUUAUUGCAACCCUUGACAAUUUUUCAAAAAUAUCAGGCCUAAGAUUAAAUAAAAAUAAAUGCACUGUUCUGCGCAUAGGACGUAUGAAAUUUUCAAACAUUAUUUUCUGUAAAAAACACAAUUUUUCAUGGACAUCGGAAAGUGCAAAAACGUUAGGUAUAACAUUUUUGAAUAACACGGACGAAAUGACCGAGUAUAACAUCAAACCAAAGAUUAAAGAGUUUAAAAAUUGUCUCGCAAAAUGGCAAAAAUGGAAACUAAGUUUAAUGGGAAAAAUUACAGUUUUAAAAACAUUCGCCUUUCCGAAACUUAUAUAUCCUUUAACAGUUUUAAAUAAUCCAGGCAAUGAAAUUAUAAAAGACAUAAAGAACUCAAUGUUUUCAUUUUUGUGGGAUAAUAAACCAGAUAAAAUCGCGAGAAACAAAAUUGUUCAAAACUACAAAAAUGGAGGACUCAAAAUGAUUGAUCUCGAAAAUUUUAUAGACGCGCUAAAAUCAAGCUGGGUGAAAAGGAUGUUAUAUCAACCAACAACAAAAUGGGCAAAAAUUUACAGUGACAUGCUUGAAAAUAAUGGCAAUCUCUUUAUCUUUAAAUGCAACCUAAAAUCAUCAAAUAUAGACUCUUUGGAAUUGAAAUCUAAAUUUCUAACUGAAUGCUUAAAAGGAUGGUGCCGCGCGAACUAUAAAGAAAAACAGACAAUCAUAGGGAAAGAAAUACUCUGGAACAAUUCAAAUAUAUUUCUAUUGAAUAAAACAUUGUUUUACAAAACAUGGUUCGAUCGAGGUAUUACACAAAUAGAACAUAUCUUUAACUACAGGAACAAACAUUUUCAUACCUUCACAGAACUUCAAGAAUUAUAUGAUUUGCCCCGUUCUGAUUUUUUAAAAUACCACACGUUAGUUGGUUGUAUACCAAAAUGCUGGAAAGAAAAAAUUAACAAUGAAGAAAGGUCAUACGUGCCACCUAGUUACCUUAUUAAUAGAAUCACCCCGACAACAAAAAUAUGCAAAUUUAUAAACGAACUGUUAAUAGAGAAUACACAUAUAAAAAACAACAAACAAGAACACAAAUGGGAAAUGCUUUUUAAUAAACAGUUACAUUGGGAAUCAAUAUUCACAAAUUAUAUUCAAAUCACAAUAGAUUCCUCCUUAAGAACGUUCCAGUAUAAAUAUAUGAUGAACAUUGUUCCCAACAACGAAAAUCUGUUUAAAUAUGGCAUUGUAGAAUCUAGUCUCUGUGAUUUAUGUUCAAUGUCUGUUGAAACUAAUAUGCAUUUGUUUUGGAAUUGUCCUAAUGUUCAUAUUUUUUGGAACAACAUUGAGACAUAUAUAAAAUCCCAACUUAGCAUUUGUACUGAUUUCAAAUUGUCUUAUGAAUGUAUUUCACUUUGUAAUACUUUUAUCAACAAUAGAAACUGCUCAAACUGUAUCAAUUUUAUUGUAUUACUAGGAAAAUAUUUUAUAUUUAAAUGCAAAUAUCAACGAUGUCCACCAAUUUUUCAAAGAUUUUUGGAAUAUUUUAAAUACAAAAUAAAAAUCGAAGAGAUUAUCGCAAGCUGGAAGGGUAAAACUGAAAAACAUACUCAAAAAUGGAAUAAUUUUGUGAUUUAAAUCUGUUUUCUUAAAUUUAAGGGAAAAAAGAAGAUAAAUAUGUUAAUAUAUCUACUUCAUAUGCUUUUCUACUUGUAUUCGUUUGUGUCCUUCAUUAUUUAAAACAUCACAUCCUUUUUCAUUUUCAUGUAUUCCAUAUGUUUAUAUAUAUAUGUACUUUUCCCUGUGUAAAAUGAUGGUAUGUGCAUAUAUUAUGUAGUGAAUAAAG